AUGGGAAUUUGCCCAGAAGAAGAGUCGAUUUACUAUCGAUUCGAGGCCGCAUUCUCUCGCGACUCGUAUGGUACCUUAUUGUAUUGCACGGGUCCGCAAGAAGCCCGAAUCAGGCGACACUGGCAUAUCAUACGCGCCGACCUUCGUACUUGGAAUGACGCACUAUAUCAAACUUCGAAUGGGUCUUUUACCGGAAUCAUCAUUGAUAAAAUAGUGAACCCUACGGAUGCUAAGAGAGAGUUUGAAGUCUUCUUCAAUCGUUUGCUCCUUCGCCAGGCCGAUUUUGCCAUUACCGAUCAGGCUGGUCCGGGCCCUAUUAAUAUUUAUACCGAGUUGGUUACGGUGAAAAUUGUGUCCCUGUUUGACACAUACCUUCGAUAUCACGUUAAAGAUGAUAAGUGGUGUAUCUCCGGACGAGUUUACUUUGCGGAGCGCGUUCGCCAUUUUACUUCCCAGGGUCGGAAACUCGAAUUUUGUCUGCCUGGCUUCCCCUGUAAAUCGACCAACACAGAUAAGGUCACGGGUAAAGACCCAGAUCAUGGCGAGCAGCUGGCCUUAGAACAUCUUCACGACUUUAUCGGAGCUAUCGAGACAAUCUAUAGCGCAGGUGCGAAGCUCUGGAUAAUUAGCGACGGACAUGUUUUCAGCGACUGCAUUGGUGUCGAUGAUAAAGAUGUGGACGCAUAUAGUCAGAAGUUGAUUAAGAUGAAUCGAGAAAUCGGUUUUAAAAAGGGUAAUAUAGAUAGAGUAGGUUUCAAAUCUCUUAUCGACCUCUUCGAGAUGGGGAAAUACAAUAGCCCGUCAAAGCUUGCGAAGAUUUCCAACUUCGAUAUUCCGCCCAUCAAUCACUAUGUCCAGACGCAAAUAACCGUGGAAGCCGAACUUUGCCGACGUCUCUUAAUGGCUGGAUGCCAAGCGCAGAAGGACGCGCUCCGAAUUAAGAUUGAGUCUCGAGAGGCCGGGGUCCUAGCAUUAGAUCGUGGUUUUUCGCGGUUCAUGCUUGAGGAUCUGGAGCUCCAUCCAUUUACGCGAACAAUGAGCCGCUCAAAGCAGAAGAAGCUUUCGUCCAAAGUAGCAUUUGAGAUAAUGACGAGAAACCAAGCAUACUCAAAUCUUGUGGAACUACUUUUCCCCAACCACAUUCGGUUGUCGAUCCACGCACACAACAAUACUGGACCCAAGUUCGGUGUCCAGCUUUUUGACCCAAAAUUGGUCAGAGUAGUUGAAUCACUCUCGCCGGACAGCGACUCCAUGACUUCCCCUGACCUAUUGCACAUUCCUACUCCUUGGCAUAACUGCGUGGUGAAGGUAGCUGGCAGUGAGGUUUUGUAUGUGACUAAGGCUAAGGUAGUACGGGAAUCCCUCGCCUCUGGGGAAAUGACAGGAGAGUUAGCCGCACAAGAUAAUGGAACCGACAUCGGCGGCCCAGUAUAUUUCGAUCUGUGUGCUACCGGUCAGGGCGGAGCCGACGGCCGAAAGCGAAAGGCGUCGAAGGGGGAAAAGAAGCCCAGAGGAGGUUGCACAUCGUAA